UUUAGGGCAGAGACUUUGUUUCUUUUUAAAAUGCUUCUUCAAUUAGAGGCCAUGGCUAUGUUUAAGCAACUUUUAACGGUCUUUCCAAGAAUCUCGGAGACACAAGAUUCGUGGACAUGCACACAUUUCCUUCUCUUAUAUGUUAUCUGAGAAUCAAAGUUCCAAACAGAAAAAUUUUCAAGGCUUUUUGUCUUUUUCUUUUCUUUAGAUGAUGUCGCCUCAACUUGAUCCGGUGGCUGAGCUUGAAACCUUAAAAACACAUGUUGAUCAUUCAGCAACUGGUGAAGCUUCAAAGUUGUCACCUACUGGCUCAACGAGAAAGGAAAAUGAGCAUCAUGAAGAACACUCUCACCAUAAGAAAUCUUUGUUAUCCAAAAUGAAGGAUAAGGCUAAAAAACUGCAGCACAGUCUCAGCGGCAAGAGGAGACAUGAUGAAGAAGGUGGUGAUGCAACCAUGUCGCCGCCGUUUUGCAGAUCAGAAGACCACCAAGUUAGACAAGCAGGAGGUUAUGCGACACUUUCACCACGUGACAAGUCUAAAUAUCUUAAAGAGAGAGAAGAAGGAGAAGUAGAUCCUGAAUAUCUUGGAGCCCCAAUGUAUGAAUCAAAGAGGGCACCCGAAGAGUUAAAAGAGACUGCGAGGCAGCAUCCCCGGGAAACUCCUGUGAUCACUGAGACUAACGUCUUGUCUGUUCUCCCACCCAGUCACAACGCUGAACAAGAACACAAGGAUUGCACAGGUUCAAAAGCUAUUAGUCCAAACAAGACAGUAACAGAAACCGUAACAGAGACGCUAGCACCUGCUUAUGCUAAAGUCUCUGAGGCUACUCACGCUAUAACUAAAAAGAUUCAAGACAUGGCUUUUCCGGAAUCAACAGAAGCAGAACGGAAGGCAAAUGAUGUUUCAGAAAUCAACACUGCAGGAACUAACCAACCGGCUGGCUUCAACACUAAGGUAUGGGACAAAGGCGUAUCAAUGAAAGAAUACAUAAGCCAGAAGUUUGAGCCUGGGGAAGAUGAUAGAGCACUUUCUCAAGUGAUAACUAAAGCUAUCAGUCCUCGCAAAGCUUCCUCUGAGGCUUCUACAUUUGGUGGAGCCACAAACAUGGCAUCUGCUCCAAAUUCAGCAGGCAACAAAGGUCCCCUUUUAGCCAACACGAAUGAAAUUGUUGAGGUAGAGAAUCAUGGGAAGAUGCUUCAACCAAACUGAAGAACAAAGAGGGUUUCUUUAAUCUGUGUUGUCAUCCACGAAGCCUCUCUGUAAAAAAAAGAAACUUUCUAUUUCAAUCAUCUCUUUUCUCUAUUAUACCAAAACUCAGAUUCAUAGUCUAAAGUCUCUUGUUUUGUUUUAUUUUGUUUGUUCAAACUCAUUGUU